UCUCACAACUCAAUCGCCAGAUUCACCGCCACGACAAACAGUCCCAUGAUCGUAAUUUGAUGCCCCCUCCGUCUCGCUUCUUUGUAAAGCCCAAAAACCUCGACCCCCUUUCCCUCCCCAAAUUUUAAACCCUCGGCUCUAUCUCUCUCUGUUCGCAGUGAAGUGAAAUAGAAAUCUCAGGAGAAGCAAAGUUCACAAGGCGAAACAAGAACCAGGAGCAACGUUAAAGCAUGAGAAGGUUCUUCAGAGGAAGAGAUGCUUCCUCCGAUUCUUCACCUCCCACACCGUCGUUCUCUCCCUCACCGUCGUCGCGAUCGUCGGCGCCGGUGACCGGUCCGCCGAGGCCGAUACGACUCGUUUACUGCGACGACAAUGGAAAGUUUAGGAUGGAUCAGGAAGCGGUAUCCAUGCUCCAGCUCGUGAAGGAGCCUAUCGGUAUAGUCGCCGUCUGUGGCCGUGCUCGCCAGGGCAAGAGCUUCAUUCUAAACCAGCUUCUUGGAAGGAGUGGUGGAUUUCAAGUAGCAUCUACGCAUCGCCCAUGUACGAAAGGGCUAUGGCUAUGGAGUGCACCCUUUAAGAGAACUGCUCUUGAUGGAACUGAAUACAAUCUAUUACUAUUGGAUACUGAAGGAAUAGAUGCCUUUGAUCAGACGGAAACAUACAGCACACAGAUAUUUUCCUUAGCUGUUCUCUUAUCUAGCAUGUUUAUUUACAACCAGAUGGGUGGUAUAGAUGAAGGUUCACUCGAUCGUAUCUCUCUUGUCACUCAAAUGACUAAACAUAUACGUGUUAAAGCCUCUGGAGGAACCACAGCUUCUGAAAUUGGGCAGUUCUCCCCAAUCUUUGUGUGGCUUUUAAGGGACUUCUAUCUGGAUUUAUCUGAGGAUAGUGGAAGGAUAACGCCCCGUGACUAUCUGGAACUUGCUUUGAAGCCAGUUGAUGACCGAAAAAGGGAUGUAGUUGCGAAAAAUGAGAUACGAGCCUCCAUUCGAGCUCUAUUUCCAGAUAGAGAAUGCUUCACCCUUGUACGGCCUUUGAACAACGAACAUGAUCUACAGAGACUUGACGAAAUUCAGUUGGACAAAUUAAGGCCUGAAUUCAGAUCCGGGCUAGACGCAUUGACAAGGUUUGUUUUUGAAAGAACAAGGCCCAAGCAAGUUGGGGCAACUAUGAUGACGGGUCCAGUUCUAGUUGGCAUCACACAGUCUUAUCUUGAUGCUCUAAAUAAAGGCGCGGUGCCUACCAUAUCCUCUUCAUGGCAGAGUGUCGAAGAAGAUGGGUGCCGAACAGCAUAUGAUUAUGCGCUUGAGGUGUAUAAGUCCGCUUUUCACCGUCCGAAAGAUCCUGAAGAAGCUGCAUUCAGGGAAGCGCAUGAAAAGGCAGUUCAAAAAUCAUUGGCUGCAUUUAAUGAUGGUGCUGUAGGGGUUGGUUCAGCAAGGAAGAAAUACGAGGCGGAGCUCCACAAAAAGCUGAAAAAGGAGUUUGAGGAUUGUAAAAGGAAUGCAUAUAUGGAGGCAGAGUUGCAAUGUUCAAAUUCUAUACAAAGCAUGGAAAGGAAGCUGAGAAUAGCUUGCCAUGCUAGUGAUGCUAAUAUUGAUAAUGUUCUGAAGGUUCUUGAUGGUCUUGUAGCCGACUAUGAAGCAGCAAGUCACGGUCCAGCAAAAUGGCAGAAACUGACCAUUUUCUUACAAAAGAGUUUGGAAGGUCCAAUACUGGACCUUGCCAAGAGACUGAUUGACCAAGCUGGAUCAGAGAAGAGUACUCUCAUGUUGAGAUGCCGCUCAAUAGAAGAUAAGUUGGGGUUACUGAACAAGCAGCUGGAGUCUAGUGAGAAGUCCAAGUCUGAAUAUCUGAAGCGUUAUGAGGAUGCUAUCAACGACAAGAAGAAGUUAGCUGAUGAAUAUAUGGGCCGCAUUAAUAACUUACAGAGUAAUUCCAGCUCACUGGGUGAGAGAUGUUCUAGCUUAGUUAAAACAUUGGAUUCUGCAAAGCAAGAAUCCUUAGAGUGGAAAAGAAAAUACGAACAGGUCAUAUCAAAGCAGAAGGCUGAGGAAGAUCAAGCUAGUUCUGAAAUUGCAAUUCUCAAGUCCCGAUGCAGUGCUGGUGAAGCAAGGCUGGCUGCUGCUCGGGAACAAGCUCAGUCUGCCCAAGAGGAGGCUCAGGAGUGGAAACGCAAGUAUGACAUUGCUUUUAGAGAAGCAAAAGCUGCUCUAGAGAAGGCUGCAAUUGUCCAAGAACGUUCGAAUAAGGAAACACAAAAGAGAGAAGAUGCUUUGAGGGAAGAAUUCGCGAGUAGUUUGGCUGAGAAAGAGGAGGAAAUAAAGGAUAAGGCAGCAAAGAUUGAAUAUGCUGAGCAGUGCUUGACAACUCUAAGACUAGAACUGAAGACUGCCAAAUCGAAAGUAGAUAGUUAUGAUGCUGAAAUAUCGUCGAUGAAGCUUGAAAUCAAGGAGUUAAGUCAAAAAUUAGAAGCGGCAAAUGCAAAGGCACACUCAUUUGAGAGAGAAAAAAAGAUACUGGAGCAGGAGAAGAUCUAUCUGGGGCAGAAGUACGAAUCUGAAAUAAAAAGACUUGAUGAAGUCCAAGAAAGGUGUAAAAUUGCUGAAAAAGAAGCCACAAGAGCGACUGAUAUUGCUGAUAAAGCACGAGCGCAAGCAGAUAUUGCUCAAAAGGAAAAGAGUGAGAUGCAGAAGUUGGCAAUGGAAAGAUUGGCCCAAAUUGAGAGGGCUGAGAGGCAUAUUGAAACUUUACAAAGGGAAAAAAGAGACUUGGAUGAUGAGUUAGAGAGAAUUCGUGUAUCAGAGAUGGGAGCUCAUUCGAAAGUUGCUCUGCUGGAGGCAAGAGUUGAAGAAAGAGAGAAGGAAAUAGAAUCACUAUUAAAAUCAAAUAAUGAGCAGAGAACUAGUACUGUUCACGUGCUUCAAGGCCUCCUGGACAGUGAGCGUGCAGCACAUGCAGAUGCAAACAAUAGGGCAGACUCCCUGUCACUGCAGCUACAAGUUGCACAGGCCAAACUUGAUUCACUCCAGCAAGAAUUGACUUCUGUUCGGCUGAAUGAAACAGCACUGGAUAGCAAGCUAAAGACUGCUUCCCACGGGAAACGCUCGAGGGUAGAUGACUAUGAAAUGGGCAUGGACUCCGUUCAAGACGUGGAGAUGAGUGACCGGAUUGUAAGAGUAAAUAAGAGGUCUAGAAGUACUACUAGCCCUCUAAAGCACACACAAGCAGAAGAUGGUGGUUCGGUAUUCAAGGGAGAUGAGGAUACCCGCAGUCAGCAAACUAACUCGGAAGACUACAGAAAGUUCACUGUCACGAAAAUUAAGCAAGAACUCACAAAACAUAAUUUUGGUGCCCAAGUGCUGGAUAUGAGAACUGGUGCUAGCAAAAGAGAAUGGCUUGAACUCUAUGAAAGCUGUAUGCUUCAGAAGUCGUGACCAGUUGAAGCCCUUGUGCAGGAGGGUAAUGUAUAAUCUACACAGGUAGUCGUCGCCGUGAAUUAGUCCAGGACCUAGCUAGCAAGAGCUUCAAGUUCUCGAUGGUUUGGUUUUAUGAUAGAUCUCACCAGAAUUGGUGCAAAAACUAUCUGUUAUUCUAGUGUAACUACAAAAUGGUUGAAAUAUUAGUGUUUUAGGCUACUGACAUCAGCAGCUCGUUAGGUGCCCUAUCAGUAAUUUGCCUAUAUUUAUGUUUUCUUUUUAAUUUUCGUCUCCCUCCAAGUAUCCCACGUGUGGGCAUGUUGUUUUGGUGUUGCUUGCAGUGGUCUUUCAUGCGCCUGUAUGGCGAUCUAUUAUGUGUUUGUCAGCCAACUUCUUUGUGUUUUGUGGGCAAAACUUGGUAGUGUAUUGCUGUUUGAAGAAUGAAUUGUAAGUCCAGGUGCCGGG